AUGCAAAGUAAUGAUAUUCAAUCUACAGUUAAUAGUAUCUUUACUUCAUGUUUUCAAGAAAUUAAACAUGGAAAUUUAAUAUGUCCACAUCCUGGUUGUGGAAAAUCAUUUUAUACUAAAAAAUGUCUUAGUGUUCAUAUGCAAACUCAUUCUGGAAAAAAACCUUUUUCAUGUAAUAUUUGUGGUAUGAAAUUCUUAAGAAAACAUGAUUGUAAUGUUCAUAUGAGAGUUCACACUGGUGAAAAACCUUAUGAAUGUCUUAUUUGUCAUAAACAUUUUGCUCGUCAUUCUGAUCUAAAAGUUCAUGAAAAAGUUCAUUCAGAUGAAAAGCCAUUUCAUUGUCCUUUCGUUGGUUGUUGUAAAGCUUUUAAAAGAAAACAUGAUCUUAAAAAACAUAUUACUUUUCAUGUAAAACAUUCUGUAAAAGAAUAUAGUGAAGUAAUUGAAAAAUCUGAAGAAUUGUAUCAUCAACAACUCCCAAGUGCUUUUACUCCAGUUACUGACUUUUCUUUAUAUUCUGUUUAUUAA